AGCAAAUUGCCCACACGGAUUCCAUUCUCAAGACGACUCGCUUUUACCUUCUCCCUUCUUCUGAACUUCUCGCCGAGAAUCAAUUUUCUUCUCAUCUGCUCUGCGCUGCUUGCCCCAGGACUGCCGGAAGAUGAGGCCGCUGGGGAACUCUUCGUCUGCGAUCAAUUUCAGUUCAAUGACACGGAAGAUCGACGUGGACAAUCGGAUCUCUCUACGUAAUUACUAUCGCAUCGCCGAUAAUCUUCUAAAGCAGGCAAAUAUUUACAGGGAGGAGCAUAAUUUAUUAGACUUGUAUGUCAUACUGCUAAGAUAUUCCAGUUUGGUGUCUGAAACUAUACCAGACCAUCGAGAUUACCAGGCCCUGUGUCAAAAAGAGAAAAUUUUCCAUAGGAAGAGAUUGCUUGCUUUGCUAGAUGAGCUAGAAACCUUAAAGCCACAAGCGCGACAUCUGCUAGAUGAAUUGGAAAAAGUUAAGACGUCUACUCAAAUGCAUCAAGUUGAUAUCCCAAACAAGAUUUCCUAUACAUCUCCUCUAAACAACAAAUCAUUCUCAAGUUUCAGCAACAAGCAGAUCCGGAAAUCCAUUGCACCACCUUCUUCUUCAGCGAAGCAGAACAAUGAUUAUACUUUAUUUUCAUCACCAAAUUCCAUUGACUCCCAAUUCCAGAAGCUAUCUCUCAAUUUACCACUUCCAAAGCAAGAAACAUUGUCCAGGCAUUCCUUUUUAGGACCAAGUGGUCUCCAUGGGCAAUGGCAUGGCCCAGGUACUGAGAUUAAGGUCAACUAUCCGACCACUGUUGUGCCAGAUUCAAGUGAAUUUUUAAGUUUGAAUCAGGCUGGGCAACAAGAACCUUCUGUGAUAAAUAAUAUUGAUUCAAAGGCGGAGAAGUCUUCGAUGGAGUCUGUUUUAUCUUUGGAUGACGGUAGAUGGAUUACUGAGGAAUCAAGUCUUCCACCUGGGAACAAAAUGGAGAAUAAUGAUUAUCAGUUGGAUUAUAUAAGGCAACCUUCUCCUCCUCCAGUCCUUGCACAAGUGCAGCCAGAGCUGCAUCCUAUCUCCCCAUCACGAGUUGCAGAUCCAAGGCCUGGACCACCAAAGGCCUUGCAGGAUGGACUGCCUACUUCCAAUUCUUACCAAGAUCUUCAUAUUCCAGUGAAAAUCAUGGAAGAUUUUUUGAGAUUGGCACGAGAAAAUACUGCAAAGAAUUUGGAAACUUGUGGUGUUCUUGCUGGUUCACUUCGGAACAGAGUAUUUCACAUUACUACACUCAUAAUCCCAAAGCAGGAGUCAACUUCAGACUCGUGUCAGACGUUGAAUGAAGAAGAGAUAUUUGAUGUUCAAGACAAACGUUCCCUUUUCCCACUUGGGUGGAUUCAUACCCAUCCCACACAAACAUGCUUCAUGUCUUCAAUCGAUCUGCACACUCAUUAUUCUUAUCAGGUUAUGUUGCCUGAAGCAAUUGCUAUUGUCAUGGCUCCCACAGACACAUCAAGCCCCCAUGGAAUAUUUCAUCUCUCUGAUCCCGGUGGUGUUUCCCUUAUCCGAAACUGUCAACAACGUGGUUUUCAUCCUCACGAGGAGCCUGAGGAUGGCAGCCCCCUUUACGAGCACUGUUCACAUGUUUAUAUGAAUCCCAAUAUGAAGUUCGAUGUAGUUGAUCUUCGGAAAGCUUGAAACAUGAGCUUGAAGGAAACGGAAACGUCCGCCCAAACACAAAAAAACAUCCCAAGAAGCAGAAAGUGUAUGAAUACCACAAAGCUACUAGAGCACCAAAAUAUCAGCAACUAGUUCAUCUAUCAAAGA